UUUUUGGUGUUUCUUCAAGAACAAGUGACUCCUGGGGGCUGGCCCGGCUCCUCCUUCCCAGGCCCUCCAGGCCCUGGCAGUCACUGCUCAUCCUCCAUUCCCGCUGCCACGUCAUGACUAAUGCUGGCUGAGCGCACGGUGAAGCUGCGGGAGGAGGGAGACACCGUCUGCACGGCACGCUGAGAUGCUUUCACUUUUGUUUUCCCCAUUUGGGCGGAGCUCUCUCUGGCUGAGUCGGUUUACAGAUUUCUCGCAGGAUUUUUUCUGGGGAUGCUGGAGGGAUCGGACGCCAAGCUCCAGGUCCAGGCAGGGCCCGGGGGCGGGAAGAUGGCCGGUGCCGGCAGCGACUUCAGCGCCAGGAUGUCCACAGAAUACGAGAACAUAGAAGAGAGGCUUCUCUAUGAGGCUAUAUUCAGGCACUUCAGAAGACAUAAGGUGGAGAUUUCAAGUGCAAUAAAAAAACCAUUUCCUUUCCUUGAGGGCCUCUGUGACCGUGAAUUCAUCACCAAAAAGAUGUAUGAAGAUGCUCAGGAUUCUUGUAGAAACCUGGUCCCUAUACAAAGAGUGGUAUACCAUGUGCUCAGUGAACUGGAGAAGACUUUUGACCUGCCACUUCUGGAAGCCUUGUUCAGCGAGGUCAACAUGCAGGAGUACCCUGAUUUACAUGGCAUUUAUAAAAGCUUCGAAAAAGUAAUGUCAAACAAUAUAUUUUCCCUGGAAAAUGAUGGAGAAGGGAUGGUGGAGAGGCCUAAUUACCAUCUAAGCCUUGAACAAGGAACUGGUGAAAACUUGCAUCAAAUCCUGACCUGGCCCUGCACAGAAUGCUCAUCUUAUAAUGGGAUCAGCAGCGGCGACUUUUCAAAAUCGAGUUUCAAGGAAGAGCCUCAGGAACCUUCUGUCUCAGAACUAAGCAGUGUGUCAGGUGUACCAAGAGGCCAAGAAGCAAAGACUAAAAAUAGCCACGCAUCUGACAUGAUGGAUACCGUGAAUCCUGGAAACAACUUUACUUUAGGAAAAUCCACGAGGCAAAGAAGGUCAAGAAUGGACAGAAAUGAAAAUGUGAAUUUCCACUCUGAAAUACUUCCUGUGACCUGUGGUCAGGCAAAGGGGAUGUUAUAUAAGAGAAAAUUGAAACGAGGAACCUUGGUGAAGUGUAUACAGAGUGAAGGUGGAGACUGGAUGACCCUCAGGGAAUUUGAAGUCAAUGGAGGCCACGAAAAAUCAAGUAACUGGAAGCUGAGUGUGCGCUGUGGUGGGAGGCCCCUACGAUGGCUGAUAGAGGAAGGAUUUCUGCCUAAACCUCCAAGAAUAUACACCAAGAAAAAAAAGCUGGAAAACACAGAUAAAUGUGCGGUGUGCUUGGAUGAAGGAAGGCUGUUCUGCUGCCAUAGUUGUUUGAAAACCUUUCACGAGGACUGUCACAUCCCACCUGUGGAAACUCAGAGGAUCCUGUGGAGUUGCACCUUCUGCAGGAUGAGUAUGUCUUCAGGAAGCCAGCAGUGUCACAGGGAAUCUGAGGUCCUGGCAAGGCAGAUGGGGCCUGAGGAGCAGUUGAAAUGUGAGUUCCUCCUCUUGAAGAUCUAUUGCUGUGUAGAGAGCUCCCUUUUUGCAAAGACACCACAACAUAAUGAUGAACUCAUGGGUUUGGACAAAAUCAAGAAGCAGCUAAAUGAACAGGGCUACCCCCAAGUAAAAGAGUUUGUGCAGGACUUGCACCUCAUCUUUCAGAACCACACGGCAUCUUACGAGGCUGAAUUUGAGAAGAAUUUCAAGGAAGUGUUUGCUAUACAGGAAGCAAAUGAGAACAGUUCACUGGUGUAGUGGAUGCUGGUGGUGCCCCUUUGGGCAGGCUUCUCAUCCCCAAGUUGCUGUGAGGGUUGGCUGCUGAUGCCACCCCUCCCCAGAAUAUUGCCUUUGGCCAAAUGGACCCACCCUCACCUGCAAGUUACUCCUCCCUGGAUUGGAGCCGGGCCCCAGCCCCAAGGUGGAACCAACCGUGUGGUGUGACUCAUGUUCCUGUGCUCCCCACGGGAUCAGGCUGGAGCUAGUCUCCAGCUGUCACCACAUCCUUGCUUACCUUUUCCCGCCAUAACAUCUUGCUUCCCCCACUUCUCCCAAGAGAACUGUCACAAUAAAUCACUUACUUAAGAGACUUUA